AUGGGGAAGAGAGCCUGGGCCCCCGGGACGGCGGCGGCGGCGACGGCGGCGGCGGCGGCGCCGGGAGUUCACCCGGGACGGCGGCGGCGGCGACGGCGGCGGCGGCGACGGCGCCGGGAGUUCAGGACGCGCACGGUGCGCUCCAACCUGCUGCCGCCCCCGGGCGCCGAAGACCCCGCGGCGAGCGCGGCCAAGGGCGCGCGGCGGCGGCGGCGGUGCGGAGGCGCCCAGCACCUGGCCGACAACCGGCUCAAGACCACCAAGUACACUCUCCUGUCCUUCCUGCCCAAGAACCUGUUCGAGCAGUUCCAUCGCCUGGCCAACGUGUACUUCGUCUUCAUAGCGCUGCUCAACUUCGUGCCGGCGGUGAACGCCUUUCAGCCCGGCCUGGCACUGGCGCCUGUACUCUUCAUCUUGGCGGUCACGGCCUUCAAGGACCUGUGGGAGGACUACAGCCGUCACCGCUCCGACCAAGAGAUCAACCACCUGGGCUGCCUCGUCUUCAGCAGGGAAGAAAAGCAGUACGUGAACCGAUUCUGGAAAGAAAUCCACGUGGGAGACUUUGUGCGUCUUCGCUGCAACGAGAUCAUCCCUGCAGACAUCCUGCUGCUCUAUUCGAGUGACCCCGACGGGCUGUGCCACAUCGAGACGGCCAACCUGGAUGGAGAGACCAACCUGAAACGGCGCCAGGUGGUCCGAGGCUUCUCCGAGCUCGUCUCCGAAUUCAAUCCUUUGACAUUCACCAGCGUAAUCGAGUGUGAGAAGCCCAACAACGACCUGACUAGGUUUCGUGGGUGCAUCAUACACAACAACGGGAAAAAGGCUGGGCUCUACAAAGAAAACCUGCUGCUUCGAGGCUGCACCAUCCGAAACACAGAAGCCGUCGUGGGCAUCGUCAUCUACGCAGGACACGAGACCAAGGCUCUGCUGAACAACAGCGGGCCCCGCUACAAGCGCAGCCGGCUGGAGAGGCAGAUGAACUGCGACGUGCUCUGGUGUGUCCUCCUCCUCGUUUGUAUGUCUCUGUUUUCGGCCGUCGGACAUGGACUAUGGGUGCAGCGCUAUCAAGAGAAGAAAUCAUUAUUUGAUGUCCCUGAGUCUGACGGCACCUCUUUAUCCCCAGUCACAGCUGCAGUUUAUUCGUUUUUGACAAUGAUAAUAGUUCUGCAGGUUUUGAUACCAAUUUCCUUGUACGUUUCCAUUGAAAUUGUUAAAGUAUGCCAAGUGUACUUCAUUAACCAGGAUAUAGAGUUGUAUGAUGAGGAGACAGACUCGCAGCUGCAGUGCCGAGCCCUGAACAUCACGGAAGACCUAGGGCAGAUACAGUAUAUCUUCUCCGAUAAAACUGGCACUUUAACCGAGAAUAAGAUGGUUUUCCGAAGAUGCACUGUGUCUGGCAUAGAAUAUUCUCAUGAUGCAAAUGCCCGGCGUCUGGCCAGGUACCAGGAGGGAGACUCGGAGGAGGAGGAGGUGGUGCCCAGAGGGGGCUCGCUGCCCCAGUGCAGCAGCACCGGGAGCCACCAAAGCAUCAGAGUCGUGCAUCGGAGCCAGAGCACCAGGUCACACCGGCGCACCAGCAGCCGCGCCGAGGCCAAGAGGGCCAGCAUGCUAUCCAAGCACACAGCCUUCAGCAGCCCCAUGGAGAAGGACAUAACGCCCGACCCGAAGCUGCUGGAGAAGGUGAGCGAGUGUGACAGGUGCCUGGCCUUUGCAAGGCAUCAGGAGCACCCACUGGCCCACCUCUCGCCUGAGCUGUCUGACAUUUUCGACUUCUUCAUUGCACUCACCAUCUGCAACACAGUGGUGGUCACGUCCCCGGAUCAGCCGCGACAAAAGGUGAGGGUGCACUUCGAGCUGAAGUCCCCGGUGAAGACAAUAGAAGAUUUCCUCCGGAGGUUCACGCCCAGCCGCCUGGCCUCGGGCUGCAGCAGCAUUGGGAGUGUGGCCACCAACAAGUCGGCGCACAAGUCCAGCCUCUUGUCCACGCUGGCCAACGACGGCACGCUGUUCCGGCUGGAGGAGAGGCUGGGCCCGCCGGCCCCGGGCCUCGCCAGCAAUGGCUACAGUAGUGGGGCGGACGGCUGGGCACCUGAGCGCUCAGUACAGGAGCCCGAGCCCGAGCGGGAGCUGCGCUACGAGGCUGAGAGCCCCGACGAGGCAGCGCUCGUCUACGCCGCCCGCGCCUACAGCUGCGCGCUCGUGGACCGACUGCACGACCAGGUGUCGGUAGAGCUGCCCCACCUGGGCAGGCUCACCUUCGAGCUCCUGCACACGCUGGGCUUCGACUCCAUCCGCAAGAGGAUGUCGGUGGUGAUCCGGCACCCACUCACGGACGAGAUCAACAUCUACACCAAGGGGGCCGACUCGGUGGUCAUGGACCUCCUGCUACCCUGCUCCACAGAUGACGCCAGAGGAAGGCAUCAAAAGAAGAUCCGGAGCAAGACUCAGAACUACCUCAACCUGUACGCGGUGGAGGGCCUGCGCACCUUGUGCAUCGCCAAGAGGGUUCUGAGUAAGGAAGAGUAUGCCUGUUGGCUGCAGAGCCACUUGGAAGCGGAAUCCGCCCUGGACAACCGCGAGGAGCUCCUGUUUCAGUCUGCCAUUCGCCUGGAGAGGAAUCUGCAUCUGUUGGGUGCCACUGGGAUUGAAGACCGCCUGCAGGACGGAGUCCCUGAAACCAUUGCUAAAUUGCGUCAAGCAGGCCUGCAGAUUUGGGUUCUCACCGGUGACAAACAGGAAACAGCCAUUAACAUCGCUUACGCCUGCAAACUGCUGGACCACGACGAGGAAGUCAUCACCCUGAACGCCGAAUCCCAGGAGGCGUGCGCAGCCCUGCUGGACCAGUGCCUACACUAUGUGCGGUCCAGGAGCCCCCACAGUUCCGCCGACAAGACCACUGGCGGCGUGAGCGUGGGCUUCUCCCCCCUCUGCCCUCCCUCUGCAGCCGCCAUCUCUGGCCCCAGCCCCAGCCUUGUGAUCGAUGGGAGAAGUCUGGCCUAUGCCCUCGAGAAAAACCUGGAGGACAAAUUCCUCUUCCUUGCUAAGCAGUGCCGGUCUGUCCUUUGCUGUCGCUCGACUCCCCUGCAGAAGAGCAUGGUGGUGAAGCUGGUCAGGAGCAAGCUCAAGGCCAUGACUCUGGCCAUAGGAGAUGGAGCCAAUGACGUCAGCAUGAUCCAGGUGGCAGAUGUGGGCGUGGGACUCUCAGGCCAGGAGGGCAUGCAGGCAGUGAUGGCCAGCGACUUCGCGGUGCCCAAAUUCCGAUACCUCGAGAGGCUCUUGAUCGUUCAUGGACAUUGGUGCUAUUCCCGACUUGCCAACAUGGUGCUGUACUUCUUCUACAAAAACACAAUGUUCGUGGGCCUGCUGUUUUGGUUCCAGUUUUACUGUGGCUUCUCUGCGUCCGCCAUGAUUGACCAGUGGUAUCUGAUCUUCUUUAAUCUGCUCUUCUCAUCGCUUCCCCAGCUUGUGACUGGGGUGCUGGACAAGGACGUGCCAGCUGACGUGCUGCUGACCAAGCCGCAGCUCUACAAGAGCGGCCAGAACAUGGAGGAAUAUCGGCCUCGUACGUUCUGGUUAAACAUGGCUGAUGCUACCUUCCAGAGCCUCGUGUGUUUUUUCAUUCCCUACCUGGCCUACCACGACUCAGACACAGACAUGUUCACCUGGGGGACCCCCAUCACCGCCAUCGCGCUGUUCACCUUCCUUCUGCACCUGGGUAUAGAAACCAAGACCUGGACCUGGCUCAACUGGAUGGCUUGUGGCUUCAGUAUCCUUUUAUUUUUCACCGUGGCUUUGAUUUAUAAUGCUUCCUGUGCAAUGUGCUACCCUCCAUCCAACCCCUAUUGGACCAUGCAGACAUUAAUGGGCAACCCUGUGUUUUACUUCAUUUGUCUCAUAGCACCCAUCGCCGCGCUGCUGCCCAGAUUGUUUUUCAAAGCCCUGCAGGGGAGCCUUUUCCCCACCCAACUGCAGCUGGCACGCCAGUUGGUUAGAAGGUCCCCCAGGAAUCUCAGGGCUCCCAAAGAGACCUUUGCUCAGGGACAUCUCCCAGGAGAACCGAGGAUGGAACCAUCAGAACAGAGGAGCAUCAGUGCCUCAGGGUCCUUCUCCCAGGACUGUAGCUCGCAGGUGUUUUGGCACGCACAGCAGUCGGCCUGCUCCCCAGAGGCCAGCGGGGAGCCCAGCGUGGUGGACAUGGGCGUGUCUCUGAGGGAGGACACCCUGCUGGAAGGGCUGGGCAGCCAGACCUUGGGGUCCUCCUCACCAGGGGAGGUGAUCCCGGAAGGCUGUCCAGGGGACUCCAAGAUGAAACCCACGAGUGCCAGCAGGGCAGCUGCCCUGUCGUCCAUCUUCAGCCUGCCCAGCCUCAGCUCACUCAACUGGAUUUCCUCCCUCUCUCUGGUCAGCGGGCUGGGAAGCGUCCUACAGUUCUCUCGAAGUGGUUUACAGAUGGACAAGCGGGAUGGCGAGUUCCUACCCAGCCCCCCGCAGCCAGACCAGGACCUGCAAGGCUUGAGUGGGCAGACCACGGACUACUUCUAGGACCUCCUUCCAGGGACUACAGCUGGCGGUGGCAGCGGUGAAAACCUCGAAAUGCUUUUUUUAUAACAUAGAUGUUAAUAUUAUUUAUGUUUAUUAUUUGCACAGAGGAGUUCUAGUGAGAUGUAUUUUAUAUAUUUCCAAGGCUAACACAGGAAAUGAAAGGUACCAGAAAAGAAAGUUUAUUUUUUAAAAUUUCUAACUAGAGUAUAUUGAAAAGAAAAAAGAGCUUUAUCGUAUAUAAAAGUUUAAGGAAGAGCGACACUUGAGAGGUGGGUUUAGAUUUAUUUUUUCAUCUCAUUUUAUAAGAAAAUGCAGUCUGAUUGGUUUUCUUCAACAUGUGUGAUGUUUGCUUUCCCCUAGUGGAAACGCGUGUGAGCACAGUGAACCCUGGGCGGGUGUGGACGAUGUGAGGGGAGGUGACAGGCGUGCACACGGCCCCAGCAGAGAUCCCCACUGUCUGUCUCUCAAUCCCACCACUGGGAGGGUGGGCUCUGCUUCACCAGGAAAGGGAAACUGAGAACUCUGGGAAAACACACAUACACACACAAACACGAAAUUCAUUCCAACAUUCUACUCUAUGCAGGCAUUUGGUAAAGACCACCUGUAGGUAUUAUAGUUCCUAUGUAGGGUCUCGCCUGUUAAAAUCAUAACAAGCAAUAAACAACCUUCACUUUGCAAAGAGAGCGUUUCGGGUUGCCACUGUUGUGUGGUAUUAUUAAUACGUGACCUUAUGUUACCGAAUGCAAGUUCAUGUGCUUGACGCACAGUGAGGCCAAACAAACCAAAACAUCAGAGUUUGGAUCAGAGAAAAGUUCAUUGCAGGGCUAAGCAAGAACGGGUAGCCCGUGCUCAAAAAUACCCCAAACUCACCAAAGGGUUUCAACAAAGCAUUUUUAAAGGCCAGGUGAGAGAGGGACAUUCCAGGGUCUGUGAUCAGCUCUGCACAAUUCUCUGAUGGUGAUCAAUCCAUAGGGCUCAUGAUCAUCAAGCAUUAAUUUCUUCCUUCUGGUAGUGGUACCAGCAUCUGGAAAACUCAGGAAAUAUGCAUCAGAUACUAUCAUCUAGGUACUUCAGAGAGGAGCUAUAGCAGAGAAUAUGGGGGAGGGGUCUGUCCUGGGAAGACCCCUUAGGGUCCUGUUCGGUUACACUGACAGAACAUAUUCUGAGUACUCCAGGGCACUUCCUCAUGGCAAGUCCUUUUAGACCCUGUGGAGGAAACAGCUGGGUGACAUGCAAGCUGCACAUUGGGACACUGUGACAUGGGCUACACCAGCUCCCUGCACCAAGAGGCUGGGCUCUUUAGGUUUUUGUCUUAUGAGUCAUUACUUCUGUCUCUAAACAGAGAAAAAGAGAAGGAAAAGAUUAUAAGAAUCCAAGGCAGUUGUAUAGCAUUUACUCUUCAGAACCCUCUCUGACUUUGCCAGCCAUUGUGAGUUGCCUGCUUGCUCAGCCUGGGGAUGUGAAGUGAGCAGGGUGUGCUCCCGCUUAGGACUCCUGUGGCUGCCUGUCCCCGGAGCAGCAAUUUGCAGAGGUCGGAGGAUCUCAGGAGUAAGUAGUUUCUGAGCACAGCAUGCCAGCAAUAAUGGCUGGUUACCCAGCAUGUGUGGCUCAUUGCAUGUGACAGAAGAUGCACCUCAUCUGGUCAGAUGGAAAGGGAAGGCAGGCCUCAUGUCUGCAAGGCCAGAGAGAAGGUGGGCUCCAGGGCAAUUGAACAUGCAACUCAGACCUGGGCUUUCCCCUUUCUCCCUGCACUCAGCUUUCUGGGAUCAGCUUGAUCCCAAGGCUGGCUCUGUUCUUGGUAAUGACAUGACUGGAACCAUCCCAGGACAUGUGCUCACAUCAUGCUCCAGAGGAGAGAGAGGGUGCCACUCUCCACAUCCUGAGCAGAGUCUUGGUUUCCUUGACCUCAUGCAGUUGCAGGACAGCCUUAAACCAGUUACUGGCAAAUUGUGAGAAUGUCCUGACGGGCUCCAGGCUGGAUCUGAGAGAGAGGUCAGCUUCCCUCCAAGUACCUGAGCUGCAUGAGUGGAUACUCAGGAAUUUCUGGGUCCUGUUAGUGGGGCAAGAGAGAAGAAGGAGUGGAGGGGCUUCAGCAGCCAGCAAUGCCCAGGACUGAAAGUGGUGCUGUCCUAGCCCACCCCCUCCCCCCAUGCCUGAGAUCACCUUAUGUUUUCUUAGAGCAACACAUAUGGAAAGAAUUUCCCUGGGAAGAUACACAACUCUACCAUUUCCUGAAUUAAGGUAAUGGUCUAGAAGAACUAGACACCUAUUUACCUGAGUAUCUGAGAAUUCAAAAUGCCCCAGCUUCCAGAUUUUCCUGCACUCACAAUCUACCUUCUUUCCAAAGACAUCUUUCUUCCAUAGAUACUUCCUCUUGGGAAGUGGAACGAUCCAGGAAGUGGCUUUGUGAAUAUGCCUACCAAGGCCAUUUCAGAGAAAAAAAGCAUCAUAAAGGGCAUUGGCAGUUAGCUGCCCAAAGUAUGAAGAAUAUUUAUAGAAGCCUACAAUAAUAUUACCACAGGCAGCUAAGUUUGAUCUCAAAUGAACAUACUGCAGAGAUGAACUCCAUGAUUAUCUCAAAAGAACCCUGGAGAGUACAUGUCAUGUCACUCAAUCCUAAUUACAAAUCCAAAAUAAAGGCUGCCUCUGCUCUUGGUGACAAAAUGGAUGGACUAAGUAUUUGACAUUAUACAAAACCAAUUUUAAGUUUUUGGAGGUCAGAUCUGUGUCCUCUUCACCUUACACCCUUGGCAGUAGCGUAGAACCUAGCUCUUAGAAUGCACUUAGGAAAUGUGUGGUGACCCCAAGAACUAAUGUUUAUGCUGAAACACUAAAGGCAUUCCUGUUAGAAUCAGAGAUAAAGGAAAGUUGCUUGUUAUAACCCAGUAUUAUUUAAUAUUUUUUGGAACUUCUGGGUAAUGCAAUAAGACAUGAACUUUUAAAAAGAAUGAAUAUUGGAAUUAGAGACCAAAUUAUCAUUACUUACACAUAUUGAAACCGUGCACCUCAGAUGGGACUGGAACCCAUGGGCUGGACUCAAACCCAGCCAAAACCCAGGUUGGGACUGGAACCCACUGUCUUUUAAUUGAUCUCAGGACUUAGUGAAGCUCAGGUUUUUUAUGUCUCAUGGCAGAAAGACUUCAGUGAGAGACAAAGUGAUAGGUAAGGAGUGGAUUUAUUUAGAGAGAAACACUCCACAGAUGGAGUGUGGGCCAUCUCCGAAGGCGAGAGGCCCCGAAAUAUGGGGUGGUUAGUUUUUAUGGGCUGGGUAAUUUCAUAGGCUAAUGAGUGGGAGGAUUAUUCCAACUAUUUGGGGGAAGGGGCUGGGAUUUCCAGGAAUUGGGCCAUCGUCCACAUUUUGACCUUUUAUGGUCAGCCUGGAAACUGUCAUGGCACUGGUGGGUGUGUCAUUUAGUUGAUGUAUUAUGAUGAGCAUAUAAUGAGGCCCAAGGUCUAGUGGAAGUCAAAUCUUCUGCCAUCUUGGACCUAGUUGGUUCUAACCAGUUAAUGUCCUCGAUGGCUAUGCCAUUCUUUUAAAUGUUGUACCCUGCCCCCUUUCCUCCUCUUUCAUUCCCUAGUUAGAGAUUUUACUCCCAUAUUCUUUUGGGAAGUAGAGGGGCAACGGUCCAUCUCUGUAACUACUUCAAGGCUGAGUAGGGGGAUCGACCCUGCCUGUCAGGGAGUAAAAAUCUCUAGAUGCCUGAUCUAGGGACCCCAGGGACAGGACAGCUCCUUGUUUUAAGUUGGUAUGGGCUGGAAUCCUCGCACAGCCAUCAUCUUGAUAUGGAACUGUUGUUACUGUUUCCUUAGCCUUCCUAUGAAUCUUCUUGAUGAUGAAGCACUUUUUGUAACAGCAUUAGAGUACAAAAAUAGCCAUCUAUAAAUGACAAAACACUUAAAAGGCAUGGUUAAACCUCUGAUUACAGAGUAAUUAAUAAAGAAACUUGGUUACAAUAACCAGAAUUACAAAUGAUUACAUUUGACUUAACAUACCAAAUAAUCUUAGUUAAGUAUUUUUCUUUGAGAUGCCUCAGGGGCCCUCUAAAGCAUCCCAAAGUUAGCUGUAAAUCAAAAGAACUUUAAUUAAAAUUUGAUCUUUGGGGAGUUUGUCAAAAAGUUUUAAAAUACUUGGUCAAAUACCAUCAUAGGUCACUGUGAGACAAUACUUAUUCCUUAACCAAAGUUAAAAGAGGUCUCAAAAGCAAAAACAGGUCACUUAAAGGCAAAGAAAUUUACAUAAUCUGUUAUCAAAAGCAGCAUUUCAAGAAAACUUUGGAGGGAGAAACCAAAUCCAGUCUUGCCUCAGCCUACUCCCAACAAAAUCCAUUUGCCCAACUAAAUUUAAUCCCAUCUUAGAAAAUCCUGAUCAUGCACAACUCUUUUUUCAGUAUUUUUUUUUAUUCCUCACACCUUCUUUCAUUGAAAACAUACAUCUUACUUUCCUUAAAAGUUUUUUUCACGUCGAGUUAAUUUUCUUACUGACAAAUUUGCAAUAGGAAUAACAUAAACUUGACCUUCAGUAAACCUAGGUACAACACAAGUAUUAUACUUAACAUUGAUGACUCUAAAGACGUGUCUAUAUUAAUCAAACCAAGAAGCUUAGGCUAGCUUUAAUACCAGAUAUCCAUUCAGUACUGAAUAUUUCUCAGAUCAUGUGAACCUGAAAUUCAUUUGGCUGGUUUUCUUCACAUUUAUGAGUAUAUAAGCACUUAAUUUUUAAAGCCAAUUAAAUAGAGCUGUUUUAUGAAUUUUGACAGUACCAUACAUCUAUAACACAUAUAUAGAUAAGUACAAACAAAAACCUCAUAGCUCCUGUCUCAAAAUUUCAGCCAUGAGUCAGGUACAAAAAUGUAAAACCCAUCAUUUACAAAAGAGAUUGGAUUCAAAUUGGGCUUCUGGCAGAUGAAAUAAAUCAAGGUCACCUGUCUAGAUGGCUAAACUCAUUUACUAAUGUUUACAGAAAAGACACUUAGGAUUUCUAUUUAUCCUUGACAAGUCGAGUUCUAAAUUACCCCCUUUUUCAAAAUUUGUAUUUUAAAAGAUGGUGGAGAUAAGUGUUCCUGGAGAAGACCAGGUAGAACAUUUGUAUCUUUGAGAAGGCACAGGCAAUUUCCUCCUAGGAUGACUUUUGUUCCCUUAAGGCCAGAAAAAUGAAUUUUUUCUUUUUUUUCCCUCUAACAAUUGGGUGGCCACCUCAAUAAUAUCAAAUGACUGACACAUUCAUUCACCUAUGUUGUAAUGUUUUACUUUCCCUCAUUUAGCUUAGGGAAAAGGGCUUCCCCGGAAAAUUUUUAUCAGGCUCCAAAUAUCAGCUAUGGUUAGUCUCCUUCGAUUAGUGACCUCCCAUUUUGUAAUGUAUUCACAGACACUUUUGAGGAUCUUCCCUGGUUUAAGAAAUUUGUGCCUUAUAUUUAGACACCCUGUAACCCGUUUUAACUUAAUAAUCACCAGCUGGAAAUCUUUGACCAAGCCCGGAACCUCAGUAUUCCAUACUCCAGGGUCUACUAAGUCUUCUAUUUUAGCUCCAGAUUCAAUCUGUUACUUUUCUGCUUUCUGUUAGAAUCAUAUGGUGGUGAAGGUGUUUCCCUUGCCCCUCAAGAAACAGAGUGGCCCCUAACAUAGUUAAUAAGUCUCUUCCCAUUAAAGAGAUGAGUCAAUCAGGCACAAAGAGAAAGGAAUGUAGAAACAUCUGGCCAUUGAUGUUGCAUAAAAGGGGUUCCAGGAAAGUGUGCCACUGCCUCUUCUCUGACACCCCCAUUACAUACUCCUUAUGAUUGCUAAGGUUUCCAGUCCUUUGGGUUAAGACUGAAAAGGUUGCACCAGCAACUAUAAGAAAUUUUAUAAAGUGGCCCACCAUAUCAGUGACCACCCGAGGCUCAACAUUAGUUAUAUAGAUGGUAUCUCUAGGCAGAGCCACCUUUGGCCUUGGGCCCCUUCAGUCUUCUGAUUGUAAAACCAUCAAUGGCCGAGGGGCCCCCCAUCACUCUCUGGCAUCUGGGGCAUUCCCCCUUCCAAUGUCCUGGCUAUAUGCAAAGGGUGUAAUGAUUGCAAUCCUCAUUCUAUUGCCCUGUUUGUCCACACAGGGUACAUUGGUCCUGUCUGGGUGCCCGUGGGCCUAGUGGUCUGCCAGGGCUAGAUUGGCCCCAAAAAUCUGGCUUCCCCUUUGGCGGUCUCUGAGCAGACAAAGCCACUGCCAGCAUUUGGGCCUUUUGCAUAUUUUGCUGGGUGCAUUCAGCCUUCUCGGCCAUAUCCCUAUUAUUGAAAACUUAAUAAGCCAAUUGAAGCAAGUCAUUCAUUGGAGUCUGAGAACCAGCAGUUGCCUUCUGAAUUUUGUGCCUACUGUCUGGGGCAGACUGGGCUAUGAAACUCAGAGCCAAAAGAGCCUGUCCCUCGGGGGAGGAGGGAUCUGUGUUCAUAUACUUCCUAAAAGCUUCCAUUAGUCUCCCUUGGAAGACUGCAGGAUUUUUGUCCUGUCCCUGUUGGAUCUCUUUUACCUUUUCAUAAUUAACAGGUUUUACUGUAAGUUUCUUCAUGCCCUCUAUUAAACAGGUAAUCAUAUGGUCUUGUCUAUCUCUUAUCAAUAGAAUUUACCUGGUAAUUCCAUUGUGGGUCUACCUCAGGAAUGGCACUGUUCCCCACCCAGUGUACUGCAUGGCCCCAUAGGGUGGGUCAGUUAAAAUGUCCUCUGUGUUCUUCCUAGAGUUAUCCCUCUGAGCUACACAUUCCUUAAAUUCCUUUGGGUUUCAUGUCUAAAUACAAGGCCGUGAAAAUGUGAACAUACAGAAUCUCACUCCAUUUUAAUUUUCUUCUGCAGUAUAAACCUAACUGCAAUAUAGUAUCAUAACUCAGGGACCCAUUUAGUGGCCACUUUUCUUGGCUUUCUAACUAAUAUUGUGGCCAAACCUGAUUAUAUAAUGUAAUAUGUCUUUUUCCUUUUUAAUUCCUGUUGUCUGAUUUUUUCCCCCAAUCCCGGAGAAUAUGAUCCAGAGGGGUAUUGGUCGGGAUUGAUGUGGCUUGAGCCAUUUCAGACCCAAGCCUGAGGUGAGGUCUUUAAUUUCCAUGCUAUCCAAAAGUUCCCCUCUUAUGUCAAAAUCCACCACGCAAUUUGGUCAAGAUUUGCACUUAUGAUUUUAGGUGCUAUCCCUUCCAAGGUAGUCUCCCAACCAGGUGUUAGUGCCCAAAAAGUUGCCACAAAGGAAUGGUAAAGGAGGUGUCCCCCACAGUGUUGAUGAUGAGCGGGAGUUGGCCUAGCUGCAAGUCGGGAAUAAAGGGUCAGCACUUGUCAAUAAAAAGUACAUCUUGGCAGCCACACACAUCUUCUGGGGUUAAGAAAAGAAAGAAAGAAAUGAAACAGGAAUGAACACAGAAUGUAAGAGAAAAACCAGAGUCAAGGAGAAGAGUAUAGAUUAUCAAAUCCUGCAGUAAUAAUUCUGUCCUGGACCUGCUGUUGGAUGUGCCUAAGCAUAGCCAUUCCACACCAUCUUUCUAUAGCAAACCAUGCCAAUUGCCAUUAUUCCUCUGGUCUGAACCUAGAUUCCUGAUCAGAGCCCCGAAGCAUUCAGGGUUGACCAGCCCAUCAAAAAUGGGCAGACAUCGGCACAGCAUACUCCCCAGUACACCUGGCUCAUGGAAUCCCACAAGCCCUUCUACGACCAAGACCUAGCUCUCAACAUUUUCUUACCUUAUCACUGUCCCUUCAUGGUCGCCAGCUGAAACUAUGCACCUCAGAUGGGACUUGAACCCACGGGCCGGGACUUGAACAUGGCCAGAACACAGACUGGGACUUGAACCCACUGUCUUUUAGCUGAAAAAUCACACACCUGGCCUCAGGAGUUACUGAAGCUAAGGUUCUUUAUGUCUCAUGGAAAAAAAGAAUUCAGUGAGAGACAAAGUGAUAGGUAAGAAGUGGAUUUAUUUAGAGAGAUACACAUUCCAUAGACAGAAUGUGGUCCAUAUCAAAAGGUAAAAAUGGCCCUGGGAGAAACACACUCCACAGAGUGAGAGCCAUCUCAGAAGGUAAGAGGCCCUGAAAUAUGAAGUGGUUAGUUUUUAUGGGCUGGGUAAUUUCAUAGGCUAAUGGGUGGGAGGAUUAUUCCAACUAUUUUGGUGAAGGGGAAGGGAUUUCCAGGAACUGGGCCACUGCCCACUUUUUGGCCUUUUAUGGUCGGCCUCGGAACUGUCAUGGCAUUAGUGGGCGUGUCAUUUAGCAUGCUAACAUAUUACAAUAAGCAUUUAAUGAGGCUCAAGAUCUACUGGAAGUCAAAUCCUUUGCCAUGUUGGAUCUAGUUGGUUCUAACCAGUUUUUGUCAUGUCCUAUGGCUAUGUCAUUCUUUUAAAGGUUGUGCUCUGCCCCCCUCCCUCCUGUUUCAUUAUGGUUGUAUACCCCAAAAUCCAAAUGAAUAAACUAGAAGGUUCUCAGGACUAACAAGAGGAAGCAAUAAAUGGACUAACUACAAGGGAAAAAAACUAGUUUUUCUAUAGAGCAUGAUGGGGAAAAGGAAAAGUUCUCAUUCACCAAUACAACACCAACACUAACAAAAAUUUUAAAACCUAAGAAUACUCUAAAUAAGUAUAAAGACAACCUACCAGAGUUUAGGAAGAUGUUAACCAAAGUCUUAACUAUAAAGACUUGCUUCAUUUCUAGGUUAGAAAACUAAGUAUUGGGGACUUCCCUGGUGCUCCAGUGGUUAAGACUCCGCACUUCCACUGCAGGGGUCACAGGUUCCAUCCCUGGUCCUGGUCGGAGAACUAAGAUCUCACAUGCCAUGUGGCAUGGCCAAUUAAAAAAAAAGAAAACUAAGUAUUACAAAGGUACUGAAUUCCAAACACAAUUUCUAUAGCCUUUAAAAAUGUUUAGUUCUUUUUUGUUUCUUUUCCUUGUUUAGGUAUUUUUGAAAUUAAUAGAAUGAUCUAGAGUUUAUCUGGCAAGAUAUACAGGCAAAAAUAUCAAAGAAUAUUCUAAAAAGUAAAAGUAAGGGAGAGGCCAAAUAGUAAAAUAUAAAGCGCUGAUACUUAAAAUAGUGUAGUAAUAAUUCAGAAAAAGGUACAUAAACAGAACUGACUAGAAAUGUAUCUGACUAGAAAUGUAUCUGACUAGAAAUGAGCUGACUAGAAAUGAAAGAAAUGUAUCCUGUUACAUACAAGAACUUAAUGUAUAAGGUUUAAGAAAGGAUCAAGAAUCAAUGAGGGAGAGAAAUAGUUACUAAAAAUCUCAUUGGUAACUGGUCAACAGUGUAGAAAAAUAAUUUAUUCUUAUGUCCAUAUCAUUAAAUUCCAAAUAAAUUAAAAAUUGUAAGAGAUCAAACCAUGGUAAAAUUAGAAGAAACUGAAAUCAACUAUCCUCAAACUGCUGAAGAGAAAGCCCUUAGGCACAUGUGGUGGGUCCUGAGGUUUUGCCUGCCCUUUGGCUUGGGGCAUUCCCCAGCCUCCUUUUCCCACAGCCCCUCUGAACCUGAGCAGAGCCCCACACAGCUUCUUUCCCAGCCUUCUUGGCUUCUCAUUUGCACGUUUUGGAUUUGCCAACACUGUUCAAUAUUAUAAUCCGGAACCUGGACUGUCCAGGAUGCUGCUCCUACAAACAUCACUUAGGCUCACUUUGAUAUUGUUAAUUAUAAUUAGACAGGUCCUGUUCCUAGCACCUAGCUCCUAAAACUCUUGGAAUUUCCUGUGAAGAGAGCAGUAAGGUGUUUUUUGUUAUGCUAAUGAAUGGUUUUUAGAAAGCACAUAAGGAUGGGGGCAGGUUGACUGUGAAGCCAACUAAGUGAUUAGAGGGUCUGAACUUUCAGUCCCAACCCCCUGGGGAGGGGAGAGAGGCUGGAGAUUGAGUUCAAUCACCAAUAGCUAGUGAUUUAAUCAUGCCUAUGUAAUGUAGCCUCUGUAUAAACCCAAAGGGACUGGAUGGGGGUGGGGGUUCAGAGAACUUCCAGGCUGGGAGAGUAGCACACUUGGAGGGGACCUGGAAACUCCAUGUCUGUUCCCCAUACCUCACCCUGUGAAUCUUUUCCAUCUGACUGUUCUGAGUUAUAUCCUUUUAUAAUAUCUAAUGAAUAAACUGGUUUCCUGUGUCCUGAAAACCACUUUAGCAAAUUAAUGGAACUCAAAGAGGGGGUCAGGGGAACUUCUGAUUUAUAGCCAUUCAGAUGCACAGGUGACAACCUAGACUUGGAAUUGGUGUCUGAAGUCUGAGACUGAACCCUUAAUCUGUGGAAUCUGAUGCUAUCACUGGGUAGUGUCAGAUUUGAGUUGAGUGUAGGAUAUCUAGCUGAUGUCAGAGAAUUACUUGGCAGUAUGGGGAAACCCACACAUUGGAAUUGGUGUCAGAAUCCUACUCACACACCAAUACUCCCAUGAAGCAUGAGGGGCCAUGUCUAUGACCCCACCCAGUCCCUGGGACCCCAACAGUCAGCCCAGAGCAGGGGCUUUGUUUAGGAAGUCUAACAGGAGGGAUGGCAUUCCCAGUGAGAAAUGAUAGGAAAAAAAACCAAAAAAGAACUCAGUCAAUUGGACUAAAAUAUAUUUCAACAUUUGUGUAUUAAAUGAUAACCAAAAUUGAAAGAUCAACCCCAUUGAGAAAAACUGUAAUAACUAGGAAGAGAAGAACUUUAUGAGACAAAUGACUGCUAUGAAUCAAUAAAACGAAUAUCAAGAUGCUAUUUGACCAAAGACUGAUGAGUUGACCACUCAUAGUUUUGAGUGGGAACAAUCCUGGAAAGAAACUUGGCAAGGUACAACAAAAUACCUUGAACAUAUUCAAUCUCUUUACCUAAUAAUUUCAAUUUGGUGAUUAAAUCUAAAGAAAAUAAUCCAUUAUUUGCAUUUUAUUGAAUAGAUAUUCAUUACCUGUCAUAUUUAGUGGUGAAAAUUUGGAAACAAUUAGAGUGAUAUCAGUGGGAGUAUGACUAAAUGAUUCUGGGAAUAUUUGAGAUUUCACAUACCCAAAAACAAUGUUUAUGAACCAUAGGGGAAAACGUAUAUGAAACAGUGAUGUUAAAAAAGCAGGAUUAGGGCUUCCCUGGUGGCGCAGUGGUUGAGAGUCCGUCUGCCGAUGCAGGGGACAUGGGUUCGUGCCCCUGUCCGGGAGGAUCCCACAUGCCGUGGAGUGGCUGGGCCUGUGAGCCAUGACU